AAGUGACGCACCAAAUGUAGGCGCUGAGAGAAGAAACCGCGGGGCCGUUCACCCUCCUCGGUGAUGCACGGGACUAUACGUGCUGUGUAUUAGAAUAACGUUCGUUGGAGAAGUCCUCGGCGGAAGGCGUCAUGGACGAGGAGGACACAAGAUCCUAUAAGCAGCCGUGUCCUCAGUGUUCAGAGGUUCACUGGGGUAUCAGUGAUGAAGGCACAUUCUACUGCAAAAACUGCCACACUAUCAUAGAGAAAACCAAGGAGGUUGAUGAAAGCAACGUUCUCAACCUAAAUGCAAGAAUUCAGUCUAUUAACAGGGGAUUAAGGAAACCGAAAAAAAAUGAUUGGGGCUGGGAGUGGUAUAUCUGUGAAGGUUUUCAGUUUAUUCUGCUCAAGCAAGCUGAAGCACUUGAGGCCUUGGGGAUCGGUUCAGGCAUUAAGGAUAAAGUCAUGUGUAACCUGUGGAGAUUAUUCCUACGGCAGACCAAACAGGCUUACUGCAAAAGACCCAUCAGACAGAAGCCACAGUUGCAUCUGUCGCUAGAGAGCAGUGAGGCCUCCUCGGACGUGGGCAGCAAGUCUGAUGUUUGUUCUACCGAUGUCUCAACUGAAUCUGAUGGAGAGCAAAGCAGCCUUGGUCUUCCUUCUUCAGGAUACUCAGAGGUUUCAGAUGUAGAAAGUGCAAGUUCUGCCCCAUCAGGAUCUGUAGAUGGAAGUAUACAGAUAAAGAAAAAACCUUGCCAUCAUAAAAUGUCCAUGCCGAUGACCCUUGCAUUCUGCUACCUCUCUUUACUAUGGGUGAGGGCGUCAGUCACACUGUCUGACUUACUGAGGUUGGUUUUCUACCAUCACAUCCCAUACUACAAUCCACAAGAGUUCUUCCCAGAGAAAACCAGGCUGUAUGGAGUGGAUAUAUAUAUCUUUGAGGUUCAGCAGUUCCCAGUGUACAGCCAUAUUCUGCAGCUUGCAAGUGACCUUGGAAAAGUAUUGAAAUUACCUCAAUUUCCCCCGAUAACAGAAACCAGCUAUUACCAUCCGAAUGUGCUCUGCAUGAAGUAUCUGAUGGAGGUGAAUCUGCCAGACGAGCUGCAUCAUUGGACUUGCUUUGUGGCAAAGAAAGCCAGGCUGGAUGAUGUCACAGUUUUGACCUACAAUCCUGGAUUGAAAAAAAAAGAAAUUAUCCCAUAUGACAUACAAGCCGUGGCGAUAAUCAUCGUUGUUCUCAAGUUAAUUUUUGUGCUUGAUGAUGAUUUGGAAUGGCAGUUAGCAAAGCGUGCUCAAAAAGAAAAUCAAGGGGAGAACGAUAUCACAAUAUUUGAUUUCGAGAAGUGGUACAUGACCAUGAGACCGUGUAUGGAUGAAGCACGCAGGAAGUUAGAGGAAGAAAAUGCCAGAUUUCCUUGGUAUAGUAAAAGUGUCCUGUAUUAUACUCGGAAGUCCAGUUGGAGGCUUAUGAAAAGGAAACGGAUGGCAAAGAACCUGCAGAGGCAGUUUAGCAAGCUGGCUGGCACUGCACCUGAUGCUGGGAAUCCGGGCCCAUCAAGUUUCGUGUUUAAUUGGGAAGAGCCGAACACAGGCAAGAUCUGUUUUCAUGCUCACAGCCUGAAGGGGAUUACGCAAAAAGGCAAGAAACCGCUCUUCCACCUAAAGAAGAAAUACUGGUUGAACACCGUGAAAAAAUGCAGCAGCGAUUUUUGUGAACACUAUGACGAGUCUCAGUUCCCGAGUAGCUAUUGCUUUGUCAUAUCGCUCUUCUCCACGGUCUUGAGAGUGGAACCCAAUGUCAUCCAUUAUGAAGUCAGCCUGGUGGAGAAAAAGCUUUUCAGCAAGAUCCCUAGAAGGAGGCCUGCAAAAAGGCUGAGGAAAAGAAAGCUGUGACACUGAGAUGUGGUUUUGUACAAGAUCCGUGUUUUUUUGCGGACUGCAAAAUACAUACAGUCGUGUACAUGAGCCCUAAAUGUGAAUAAAGGCAAUAUGUUAUACUGUUAUAUUAUCCUUUGAUAAUUUGUCAUACCGAGCAAUGCCAACUUCUACAGUACCCUCACAAGGAUCUAACGUUACUGGGUACCUUCAAUAACAUUAUCCUUGUUAUUUUGUUUUUCUCUUUUAUUGCCAUUUUUAGC